AUGUCUAAUUCGUUCGGGGGUCUCUUCAAAUCAUUCUGGCAUACAAUGACCAGCUAUGAUAGACAUUCUGGAUACGACUCCCCAUACCGUACAGGCCGUCACGUUCCCCUGGGCCAGGGAGGCGGCUUUGGUGGCUUGACGUCUGUUGCCACGGCUUCGGAAUCGCGCGCCGACGUUUCUUCACCCUACAUAGAAGACGGUCUCAGGCUUACAAGGACUGGAACUGCUUACGAAGGUGCAUCGCUGUCUUCACCAUCGCUCCUCAGCCCUGGAAUCAACAGGCCAUACUCGCCCGGCCUAAGGGGCGAGAGCGCGAAGCGGACUACCGAAGAUGGAUUCGAAAUACAAAGCCCUAGUGGAGAAAUUCCGAUGCAGUCGUUCCAGGACGGCCUGCCUCCGGCACCUCCCGUAUCACACUCGUGGGAUCGCAUCGACAGAUGGGCCGAGGACCAUUAUCCGGAGUUGUACGACCAGGUUUGCGAGGGCUGCACCAACAACGAUCUGAACGAACUCGAGCAUCAACUGGAUUGCUCACUACCAAUGGAUGUCAGAGAGUCGUUGCAGAUACACGAUGGGCAAGAGCGUCCUGGUAUUCCUACCGGAAUUAUCUUCAGCGGCAUGCUGCUGGACUGCGAAGAGAUUGUACAAGAGUGGGAAAACUGGAGAAAGGUAAACCACGAGUUUCUGCUGGACACUAGAGUGCCAAGCCCGGCUAUGCCUUCCAAGGCACUUGGCGGAAGCAGCAGUCAGGCAUCCUCAUCGAGGGCCGAGGCCUCAUCUUCGGCAUCCCCGGCACCGAACAGGCCUGUCAACUGGCGGCAGGAUCUUCUCGCCAAGCAGGAUUGCGUCCCUCCUAACAGCAUUCAGAAAGUGUACUCCCACCCUGCUUGGAUUCCCUUGGUCAGAGACUGGGGUGGCAACAACCUGGCUAUUGAUCUUGCGCCAGGUCCCGCGGGCACCUGGGGUCAGGUUAUCCUUUUCGGCCGCGACUACGAUACGAAAUACGUUGUUGCUCGGUCCUGGUCAGCAUUCUUGGCCACGGUUGCGGACGAUAUGUACAGCGGCAAGUGGUGGGUCGACGAGGACACCAAGGAGUUGAAGCUACGGGAGUUUAAGGCCUCCCGCGUCGAACCGUCAUACUUUGAUAUUCUUCGAUGGCGAACCGAUCAGAAAUACGGGCGCCGUGCCGCGCAGAGGAAAUCGAUGGGUCCCGGAGCCUCUGGCGGUGUCUCACCCAAGGUUGCAUCGCCCUACGGAAGCCCAAAGCUUGAGUCGCCCGCCGAGCCUAGGGGACGCCCACUACAGCGCUUGAGCAUCGGAUCACCUCUUGUCAGCCCGAACAGGCCAGGAUACGGCAAGAUGAGCCCGCUCGCUAGGGUUACAGAAGAAACGUCUCUUCCGGAGUCUGAGCUCGGCUUUCCUAGCAGUCCUCUUGCCAUCAACGGUUCAAUCAAGCACAAGGAGAACCUUCUCGAGCUGGACACUCCACGACCGAGCGUUAGCACCGAGGACAGUAGCAACGCCGCAGCAACGAGACUCGAGGCUCUUGAGAGCAGCGAAACGAAUGGCCAGAAUUCAAAGGAGGCGAACGGCACGACUUCGCCCACGAACAUCUCGACCGUCACAACGGUGGCCGAAGUGAAUGGGAAGUCGGUCAAGGCCAAUGGCAAACAACCUGCCGUAAUAGAAGAGGCCAUGAAGACGAUCGAUAUCUAG